AUGUUAACAUAAAUCAAAGAGAAGCCACUUUCAUAACUAAUAGUAGAGUUGUAACAGAAAUAUUAAGAAGAGAAUGACCAAUCGAAUAUAUUCUAGAAACUUUAUCAAUAAUAAGUGGAUUUAGAAAGUUCUACAGAAUCAUCCAAUAUUGUUCCUGCUCUCUUUUCUGGAUCCACAGGUUCUUAGUCCUCCCACUCACAGGAAGGCGUCGAAAAGAAAAUAAAGAAGGCAAGAAAAGGCCAGAUUCCUAACAAAACUAAUUAGGAUGAUAAAAAGCUUUCGAAUGAAACAACAGAUAAAAAAACUUUGCAGAUGAUUCGAAAUAGAAUAUCUGCCUAAAAUUCUAGAGAUAGGAAGAAGGCCUACCUCUAAAAAUUAGAAGAGGACUUCAAUAAAUAAUCUAAUUGUCUCCAGGAAUUAACUGAAUAAGUUAGUUAUUUACAAUAACAAUUAGAAGAAGUCUAGAAGCUCAAUUCACAUUUACAAUCCUAGUAAUCUAGUCUAAUUUGUAUUAAUUGUGGAUGCAAAUAAUUUGUCCUUGAAGAAGAAGCUCCAAUUUCUAUUUCUAAGAAUAGAGGUUUGGGCAAAUUAGGAUUUUCAUUUGUGGUUAUAUUAACUAUUUUUGCUUGUUUCACUAUUAACUUCGAUACUUCAGCUUAGAAUUUACAAUCCAUUCCACAAAUGUCUAAUGAGAAACCCCUCAUAAGACAUUUGAAUAACACUGAUCAACAAUAUGGAAUUUUGGAGUAAGUUCAAAAUGGAAGAAUUAAAGGAAUAACAGACCUGAUGGAAUAUAUAAUCAGAAUAUAAUUAUAAAUUUUAUGA